AUGUCGGUUUCAACGAAUUUGUUUUGUAGCAUCCUCAUCCUUGUAAUUAUGACAACUUUGGGAAAAAAUAAACAAGGUACCACUGAUUGUCACAUUUAUCUGAAUCACUCUAUGUAUCGAGAAGAACGCGAGAGUUUACUCACUGAAGUCCGUAAAGUGAAAAAAGAAAUGAACUACGAAUGCGAUCUCGAGAGACUUGCUUGCCAAAACUGGGAUCACCGUUACUCAGGUUAUCUUAGAGUGAUCGGAGGAGCUUUUCCACUACAACACAGAGUAACAAUGCAAUCUGACAAUCAAAGAGACUACUUUUUCGAAAAAGCAUCAAAUAAAUGGAGUGGCAGAAGGCUCGGAUCGUUGCAUGGGGAGCGGAACAUAGGUUGCGGAUACGACGUGAAUAAUGUUACAAAUGGCUACCUUUAUGAGAUAUACUGUCUUGCUAAAUAG